AUGCUAUCGUGGAAGGCUCUAUCGAUGCUCCUCGCGACUGCCGUCGCUAUGAACGGCGUCGUGGGCGUUGAGCAAGGCUACGGAGGCGGCGUUUGGACCACCGCGCCCUCGACUGACUCAUCCAAUGACUCGACGUUGACCCCAAGCGUGACGGCUGCUGCGCCGACCUCGACCGAGAGCUCUACCGACGAAGCAAGCGAGAGUGAGGGGUACUCCGGAUCGACCGGUGGUGACGACGACAGCUUCAGCGCUGCUGAAAGCGAUUCCGACACGGGAAGCAAAGUAGACGGCUCGUCGGCAAUCGAUGAGGGCAGUGACAGCCAAGCGGGCAGCGUUCACCCUCCACACUCGAGCGGUGACGGCAGCUGCGAUCUCCCGCCGAUGGCCAGCGGCAGCAGCAGCAACUUCCCACACCCGCCGUUCGGGAGCGGCAGCGUUGACUUCCCAACUCCACCAAGUGGCAGCGGGAUCACCGACUUCCCACCGCUUCCAAGUGGAAGUGGCAGCGUUGACUUCCGGCCUUCACCGAGCGACACUGGCAGUAACAGCGCUGCCGGUCCCCCCGGCAAGGGUGGGGUGUCGCUGCCUUCCAGCGUCGAUGGCAGCAACAGGGAUUCCUCCUCGAGCGAUGACAGCACCGCGGGCGAAGCGUCAACGGGAGGCGAAGGCAGCCACACCCUGCCGACCGGAGGAUGCAAGGUUCGCACUCGUCGCCUUCGCCAGUGA